CUCAGCCUUUUGAAUGUUCCCCCCAAAAAAGACCUCCAGAAGACCUCCUUCCUCUGCAGCCUGGCCUGGACACCAGGCCAGACACUCAUCUGCUUCCCCAAACUGUUCUUCAAGAAUUUUAGCUACUGGGUUAUAAAUCAGGAUGCUAAUUAAAUUAUCAUGUUAGGGGUAGAAUUUUCCUUAUUACUAAUGAGGAAACCCAGUCCAUCGCCUUCUUGCUCUCCUGGCUUCCUGUCCUGGGCUUGCUUUAUGUGACUCUUCAUCCAGCAUGUGAAGUUAUGCCCCGGGCACUGACACCGAUGUAGAGUGCUAGCCCUAUCCCAGGACUGUGAUCUCAGAGCUUCCCAUACAUUUUCUCACUUCAUUCCCAUAACAACUCUUCUGUUACUCCAUCACAGCCCAGUUUGCAGAUACACAAACUGAGGCUCAGAAAAGUUCAGUAAUUGUCCAUAGUCACACAGCUUGUGAGUGGUGCUCAGAAUGAGAGCCCAGGUGUGUCUGACCCUCCAGCCGACACUUUUAUGCCCUUGGUUAUAACACCUGAACAAAUGCAUCUCCAGGUAAGCCAAGCUUGCUCACGUGUUCCCUGCUGCUGGGACCCACUGUUGUGUUAGAGAAACAUUUCUGGAGAGUUGACACCCAAACUAUUGUACCCCUUGGACCCAAAGCCUGGUAGACCAGAUGCCCCCUGCUCUAGCCCUGCUGCAGACCCAUAUCCUGCCCCUCCCCACUUCACACAGCCCAGUUUCCUCUUUCUUAUGUAGUGGCGACUUCUGUGCCCUGUGCCCCAUCCCUUUCAAGAAAUGACAUUCAAUUUGCUGAAUAAUUAAAAGCAGGAAAUACUCUACAAAAGGAAGUGAGUGGGUCAGAAACUCAAAGGGCCAGAAACUCAGAGUGCAAUCUUGGGCCCAGGCAGAGCUGCGAGAGUCCAGCUGGGAUCCAAGUGUGCUCUCCCACUGUCCACAGAGGGGCGAGGAGUCUGGGAGGUGAAGCCAUGAGGCUGUGGCUAGUUCUUCUCUUGCUCAACUUCCCAGGCUGUUUCUCCAUCAAAGGCCCGGAGUCCGUGAGGGGCCCGGAGGGGGGCUUGGUGAGUGUGCAGUGUCAAUAUACACCAGGAUGGGAGAAUUACAAGAAGUGGUGGUGUCGCGGAGCAGAGUGGGAGUCAUGCCACAACCUCGUUGAAACCGAUGGAUCAGAGCAAGAAAAGAAGGUAGACCGUGUGUCCAUCAGGGACAACCAGAGUCACCUCUUGUUCACAGUGACCAUGGAAGAGGUCAGGCAAAGUGAUACAGACACUUACUGGUGUGGGAUUAGCAGAUCUGGACCUGACCUUGGGGCAUCUAUCAAAGUGACCAUUGACCCAGUGGACAUGGUUCUGAGCACCUGGGCGAGCCCAAGAUCCAGGACAACUACCAGCAGACGUACAGAGGUGACAUCCGACUCCUACAUCAGGAACCACUACAUUCUCCUGGUUUUCCUGAAGGCGCUGGUCUUGCUCAUGUUGGUCGGUGCUGUCCUUUGGUUGAAGGGGUCUCAGCAGAGACUGUCCGUCUAUAGGAACUUGUCCUCUGAUCUCGUCGGAGACACAGCCCCUUAGACAGACGGACGAGCAGAACCUUCCACUCCUGGACCCCAUUUCCAGAGGAGACCCAGGCUGUGGCAGAAAUGUCUCUGGGUCCUCGGGAAGCAGUGACUGAUGCUGGGGGUGCUGAGGGGCUGUCCAGUCACCCUCCUGGCUCUGCACAGCUCAGGGACACAAUUCAGGACCCUCUUUAAAAAAGAAAAAAAAAGGCUUUAUUUAUUUAUUUGAUAGACAGAGAUAACAAGUAGGCAGAGA